GGCGGCCUGGCGGCCUGGCGGGCACUGAGGGAACGCGUGCGGCCGCGCGCCGGUCGCCUCUCGGCGUCUCCCGCUGGCCUGGCCGGGCCUGGGUUCCUCCGCGGAGAACUCGGGGGUUCUGAAGGCAGAGGCAGGCGCCGUGGGGCCAGGCCGCGGAACUUGCGCCCAGCUCGUUCGCGCGCUGCGCGGGGCUGCGGGCCCGGGAGCCGUCCGAGGGCCGGUCGGCUGACUGGGCAGAACCGAGGGGGAAAAGUCAGUGGACUUGACGGCAGGGCGGCAGAAAGAGAGGGACCCCAGAGGUCCCGAGACCCGCGGGGACACCAUCCGAGCUCACCGUACUUGCGGUUGAGAUGUCCGUGGGAGGCGAGAGAGAAGGGGGCUGAGGAAGAAAUCCAUGAAGUGACAGUGGUUAAGGAUUUUCCUAAACUACAGAUGGCGUGUGAGACAGAGCGAAACCCCCUGGGUGUGUUCAAGUGCCAGCUCUGUGCCUUAACAGCUCCGUACAGCUACCAGGGGCAGCAGCCCCCUGACAGCCAGUCUGUCGUCCUCCUGGAGGAGAGCUACGUGAUGAGGGACCCCUUCACCCCCGACAAGGGCAGAUUCCUGAUCGUCGGCUCGAGGUGCAGCAUGUGCGGCAGGCUGGUGUGUGUGGGCCCGGAAUGCAGUUUAUUCUACUCGAAGAGAUUUUGCCUCCCCUGUGUCCAGGACAACGUGGAUGCUUUCCCUCAGGAAAUUCAGCAAGACUUGGAGAAAAGGAAAGUCCCCUCCAUGAGGCCUGCCAGCCAGCGCAGUUCUCAGCCAUGAGUGCAGUCUGGUACCAGGGCCGCAGCAGUGCCCACCCAGGGCUCGUGGCCACGCGGGCUUCCAUGGCCCAAGUCAGAGACGGGGCCAAGUUGGAGCCGCUGUGCCGGCCUUCUCUCUGGGCCGUGGGAGCUAUGUCUGGAGCCCAGGGGGGCUGAGGUCUGCCUGCAGCAACACCAGGGUCAGGUGCUGGCCGAGACGGCGCCCACAGGCAGACCCCAGAUGCCCGCGCUCAGGGACUGCAGCCUCCCACCCUCACAGCCCCCACCUUAGCAACUGGUGAGAUGCUGACGUGGGCUCGCCGUGUGGCCCCAGUCCUUAGUGGGUAGAACUGCUCCGUCCGAUUGUAUAAUUUCUGCAGGGCCAGCGCACACUGCCUGGGGGUGAUAGAGACAUGUCUGAUGAGGGGACGAAUAAAGAACUUUUACUGAC